AUGCCUCAUUUAAGAAUCCGAGCAUGCAAAACUAAAUUCGCGCAUGUGCACACGCUGAUUGCCCUUGAGCCCGAUGGAGACCCGUCCCCAUUUCUACGAUUACAGCAUGCAAUCGCAUCCCAUGUGGGAGCAAAUACAGAGAACAUUAUUCAGUGUCAUCCCGUACAUUCCUCGCAAGAGACGUUUGAAGCAGUAUCUCAAUUAGCUCUACUGUUGGGACUUGAUAGCGAAGCGCUUAUUCAGGGGAAGAUUGCACAGUUGCUGGAAGGACUGCCAGAGAUGAACAUUACCGCGCAAGACACUUGGCUCCCGAUGAUAAACCUAAUGUCUGGAAGCGCAGAAAAGUUGAAAUUUCAUGAUUGUUUCGUGAUUCAAGAAGGUCUUCGGACUUUUGCACGCAUUGCAGCAGCCACCGUGGCCGAGCUACGGGAUUGUUCCCUUGACAAGUCGACAGCCAUCUCAGUACGGUCGUUUUUUGAGGAAGAGACGGUAGUGUAA